UGAAAACAAAGCGCAAAGCCAACAGUGAAAACAGCACCACCGCAGAGUUUAAUUAAAUUAAUCGUCGACGACCACCGGCCACCGGAAUUCUCCGGCGAUUCGUUAUCGGAACGUUACCAAUUAAGGUGAUUUAUUGAAGAUUAUGGCUUUUUGAUAUAUGGGUUUGAGAAUUUAGGUGUGGUUAAAUAGUUAAUAACUUUGUUAGUUAUGGCUGGAAAUGCUACAUUUGAAUCGGCUUCGACUAGUUCGUCGGAUAUAGGGUUUACGGGAAGUUAUUUGAAUGGGCAGAGAGGUAUUCGUUCAUCAGUUACAGCUGGGGGUAGUUUGGUUAGAUCGGGGAAUUAUAGAGAGGGUUCUGAGAGCAGGAUGUUUGGUUCGAGUUCGGGAUUUGGUGCGAUACGUGGUGAUGAAUUUAAAACGUUGUCGCAGUGUGUGUCGCUUGAGCCGAUUGUGAUGCGUGAUCAAAUAUCGUUGUGUGAUGAGGCUAAGAGGGUUAUGGGGAUUUCUGCUGGAAAGACGGAUGAAGAGGGCUUUUCUGGUGCGGCUGCUGCUGAUCAUGUGAAAGCGUUGACUCCAGUGGCGGCUGCGAAAGAUUUAAAGCGUUUUAGAUCGAGUGUUGAGGAUACAUGUGUCAAAGCUAGGUACAGAGCAAAUAGACUGGAUGAACGCUUACGUAAUUUGGAUAAAUAUAGUGAAUCUGUUGCCUCCAAGAAACAACAGCGGAGUGAGUCAGUGAGUAAUGAUCGAGCAGGUGCUUUGAAGGGUUCACAAAUAUACAGUAUAAAUCAGGGAGUAGAAGAUCGACCCAAGAACAUUCUUCUCAACAAGCGUGUUCGGACUUCGGUGGCUGAAACUCGGGCAGAAGGCCAGAGUAAUGGCCUACAGAUACAGCCUGUGGCAAUGGCAAAAGAUGGAAAUUUACUUGACGGCAAUGACGGAGAGUCUGAUCUGUUUGAAAAGAUACGUAGGCUGGCUGCAGGAGGAGAAGGGUGGGAUAAGAAAAAUAAGAGAAAACGUUCAGUAGGCACAGUUUCUACGAGACCUAUUGAUGGUGAUACCUUGCCUAAAAGAGCGGGACUAAACAAGAUUGCUAAUGAGCGAGGCUCACAACAACGUGAUGCUAACAUCAAUAGGUUAAAUAGUCAUGAUGACUCUAUUAGCAAUCGCAAACGUCCUAUGCCGCCACCAGGUUCGUCUUCUCCCCCCAUGGCCCAAUGGGUUGGUCAGAGACCACAGAAAAAGGCUCGAGUAAGGAGACCGAAUCCGGUGCCUCCUGUCCCAAAUCAAGAUCAAAACCAGUCAUCUUUUGAGAACUGUUCACCCUCUGAUGUUGGUGCUAGAUUGACAUCUGAUGGAACUAAUGGUUCUCCUAUUUCCAAAAAUGCAACCAAUGGUCUCCAGAAGGUGAUAGUUAAGUUUGAUAAUGUUCAAUCUCCACCACAAUCAUCUGGAAAUGAAGAAUCUGUUGGUGGUGAAACUCGAUUCACAGAAAAAAAACUGGGGAACAGUGCAGUCGAGGCAGCAACAAAGAACAAACCUCCUAUUAAUGCAGCGGCACCAAAACUGUUAAAGAGUAAUAGAACUGGUCCUAAGAAGAAUGGAAGCAAGCCCGGACGUCGAUUAAAAAAGCUCUCAGACCGCAAGGUCUUUUCACACCACACUCCUUUGCAAAAUAGUAGCUCUCCUGAGUGUACAGGUGCAUCUGAUGAUGAUCGGGAAGAGCUGUUAGCAGCUGCAAAUCAUGCUCGUACAGCAAGUCAUUUAGCAUGUUCAAGUGCCUUUUGGAAGAAGAUGGAACCGGUGUUUGCUUCCGUCACUUCUGAGAAUAAAUCCUUGUUAUCCCAGCAGAUGGGCCCACAUGGAGAUUCUGUACCCGAUCCACUUUCUUCUGGAGAAAGAACCCCGCACAUGAAACAUCAGGAAGCUGAAUCUUUCUCUGGGAGAGAUGAACCGGACAAAACACCCAAUGGGUCCAUACCCUUUUAUCAAAGAGUAUUGUCAGCACUUAUCAUAGAAGAUGAUGUUUAUUCCUUUGAAGAAGAAGAUGCAAGAAAUAUUCAAGCUCAAAAUGCGUCUCGGGGUUCAAGUUAUGAUGCAUAUCUUCUCAAUGACUGUAUAUAUAAGCCUAGCAAUGGAAGUAUAAACUCCCUAAGAAGCCCUGUCAUUAAUAAUAUAUGUGAAGAUGCACAUUCAGAAGUUGAGCUGUUGGCCGGGAUUUCAAAUGGCUUCCUAAACACACCACAAACGUUGCAGGCAGAAGGUCCAGGCGGGUUAUCCCUCGCUUGUCACUAUGAAAAGUUUUGUCUAGAUGACAAAGUCCUACUUGAGCUUCAGAGUAUUGGCCUAUGCCCGGAUAUAAUGGUUGGCCACGUAUUUGUACCUGGCUUGAAUCACAAGGACGAUCAAACGAUCCAAAUCGAAGUUGAUAACCUGAAGUCAAGACUUCGUCAACAGGAGGUUAAAAAGAAAGAAUACUUAGAGAAAAUAUCUAAAGGUGUCGAAAGCAACUCUAGAGCCCGGGAGCUUGAAAUUGUUGCCCUGGAUAGGUUGGUUGAGCUGGCUUACAGAAAACUUCUGGCGUCUGGACGAAACUCUAGAUCUGUAAUUCAUAAGGUGCCAAAACAAGUUGCAUUGGCUUUUGGAAAGAGGACUCUUGCUCGAUGUCGUCAAUUUGAAAAGUCAGGUUCAAGCUGCUUCAGUGACCCUCUAUUCCAAGAUAUUCUUUCUGCUCCAGUUGAAAACGAUCCAGAUGUUGAUCUCUUGUCAGAUGAGGCUUUCACCUCAAAUAGACCAGUAUUAAACAGAGGAAGGAAGAAGGAACUUUCGCUUGAUGACAUUGGCACUACCACCUCUCGAGGGGCAUCAUAUCUUGGUCGCACCCCUGUCUCCAGCGGGAUAAAGGGGAAGAGAAGUGAGCGGGACACCACCAAAUCAAGGAAACCGAAACCAAAACAAAAGAUGGGUCAAGUUCCAACAUCUGGCAAUGGAUCCGUCAAUAAACUUAGAUCCACACAUCCUACAGGACCUACAUGGCCAUCGUCAAAUGUAACAAGUCAAAUACCAACAUCUGUCAAUGGAUCCGGCAAUAAACCUACACGAUCCACGCAUCCUACUGGACCUACAUGGCCGUCAUCAAAUGGGACAAGUCACUUGAUGUCCCAGGGGACCGAUCCUACAAACCCGAUACUUGAUGACUUAGACCCGUUGGAUGAAUUAGGUGUAGGUGCUGACCUUGGGGGUCCUGCUGAUCUCAAUUCUUUUCUGAAUUUUGAUGAUCAAGAUAUUGAAGAGGAUUUUGCAGGAGGAUUGGACAUACCUAUGGACGAUCUUACAACAUUGUUUUAAUUUCGUUCAACAAAUCAAGUGUACAUUCUUGUGGAUAAUCUGGACUGUUUUGGAGGACGUGUGAAGAAAAGAAGUCAGAAGCAGCUUGCAAUUGUAUGUUAUAGCAUUAUUUAGAAAGAAAACAUUAAUAAUGAAGGCUGCAUUAUACAAAAGAGAAAGAUGGUACAUUGUAGAGAGAUCUAAACUAUUGUAGAGAAUUGGUUUCUGGGUGUUCUACAUCAUGCGUGACGGACUUGAAAACUCAGGCUGUGACGCAUGACUUCAUAUAUUGGGAUAGUGGUGGUAUAAUUUAUAUGUAUCUUUUAGCAAAUGAUUCUUGAUAUAUUAGCCCGUCUCUUGAUCAUUGAACUCCAAACGUUUUAUACAGUGAUAAUGUUAAUUUAUCUCUUGGAUUUUGUUUGUU